UACAAAAAAGUCGCAGUGCGAAAAGAGCGUCGCUCCGAAUGUCGAUGCGACAGCGGCGUCAGGCUGACAGGGAAGUGUAUCUAACCUCCAUUCGUGUUCUCCGUCUCGGAACGCGGGAUUUUCGCUCACGAUCGAUCGACCGGCCGACCAGUGCACUUAUCAGAGAUUCUUGGCAUUCGUUUUCGUAACGUUCAUAAAUUAUUUGGUUAUCGCUGCUAUCGGAGCGAUAUCGAUAAGGCACCUAAAUACCAGUCACGUUAUCGACGAUAAUGAAAUCGUUCUUAUACAUUAAAAGUCUAUUAAAUCUCACCGCGAUUUACCGGGGUAACGCUUGUUCAAUCGCGGAAACGUCCAGGCUACGCUGUUCAGACGUGACGAUCGGUAUAUUAAGUCAUUAUUCCGCCGAGAAGACCUUGUGUACGUUCGCGAUGCUCCUACCUGUUAUUUUUUGCACGUCACGCCUCGAUUAUCAGUUCGCUAUCUACAUAGAAAUCUGAGUCACUUUGUGAAUAAUGUUGAACAGUAUAGCAAAACACAUUUUACACUGCUGCCUGUUGCUUGCGGUCAUACUUGCAUUCGAAUUUGUAUCCGGUGGUCUUCGAUGGAACACCGACAAGAAAGAAGAGAUUGAUCCGUGGCUGAGAUAUGGAUUCUUAGGCACAAUCACUUUAUAUCUGCUACGUACAGUGACAUUUCUCUCCUUGCCACAAGUUUUAUUCAACUUUAUAGGAUUAACGAUAUAUAAUGCAUUCCCCGACAAAGUAGUCUUGAAGGGCUCGCCGUUGCUCGCGCCGUUUGUCUGCAUAAGGAUAGUAACGCGCGGCGAUUAUCCGGAGUUAGUGAAAGCGAAUGUGAAGAGAAACUUAAAUAAAUGUAUAGAAGCUGGUCUCGAGAACUUCCAAAUAGAAGUAGUGAGCGACAAACCCGUUGGUUUGACGCCUCACCGCAGAGUGCGGGAAGUCGUCGUUCCUCCGAAUUAUCGCACAAGUAGUGGUGCCUUAUUUAAGGCUCGUGCCCUGCAGUACUGCCUGGAAAGCUCGGUGAACGAAUUAGCCGAUCAUGACUGGAUCGUGCAUCUUGAUGAAGAGACUCUGAUGACUGAGAAUUCCGUUCGAGGUAUAUUAAAUUUCAUACUCGACGGCAAACAUCAGUUUGGUCAAGGAUUGAUCACGUACGCUAACGAGGAUGUUGUUAAUUGGAUCACGACACUGGCCGACAGCUUCAGAGUAGCAGACGAUAUGGGCAAGCUAAGACUACAAUUCACCAUGUUUCAUAAGCCAUUCUUUAGCAUGAAGGGAUCUUAUGUUGUCACACAGAUGGGAGCGGAAAAACAAGUCUCGUUUAAUAACGGAUUAGACGGAUCCGUUGCGGAAGAUUGCUUCUUUGCGAUGAAGGCGUUCUCGCAGGGGUACACAUUCAACUUCGUGGAUGGCGAAAUGUGGGAGAAAUCACCGUUCACCCUGUGGGACUUCGUGCAGCAGAGGAAAAGAUGGUUACAAGGUAUACUACUUGUUGUGCAUUCCAAAGCGAUUCCACUGAGAAACAAAUUGUUAUUGGGCAUCUCGUGUUAUUCGUGGGUGACGAUGCCGCUCUCGACCUCCAACAUUGUUUUAGCCGGACUCUGUCCGAUCAAUUGUCCGCCGUCAAUUGAUUUUCUGUGCGCAUUUAUUGGCGCGGUGAAUAUCUACAUGUAUGUGUUCGGAGUCGUUAAGUCAUUCUCUCUUUAUCGUUUCGGCGUGGCCCGAUUUAUGCUAUGCAUAUGCGGCGCGCUAUCCACUAUUCCAUUCAAUAUAAUCAUCGAGAACGUCGCCGUGAUAUGGGGCUUAUUCGGUAAGAAGCACAAGUUCUAUGUCGUUAACAAGGAAUACAGGCCACCGGUGACUGUAUGAUAUGGCAUCGGUUUAGAAUUCUUCUCUAAACUGACGCGUAUAUUUAGCAACGAUGUGAAAUUUCCAUUGUGCAUGCGCAUUAUUAGUACCUGUACAUCUAUAUGAGAAGAUACACCCACAUCACUGUCACAAAAGCAAAAAUAUUUAUAAUUAGAAUUAUAUUGGAGUUUUAUGCUAUUGUUAGUUAGGUAGAGAUCGAUUGAUCAAUUUCAAUCGAUUGAUCAAUUUCAGAACAGGAAGGUAUAUGUCUCUAUACAGCAAUAGUUAGGUGCAGUAUUAAAAAUAUACUUUAUAUCUUGGCAUUAUAGAGCAUUGCCAAAAAUCUGUUAAAAAGUAUUCAUCUCUGUCAGACAUAUUUAUGCCAAUCUUACUCUCAUAGUGCAAAGUCAUACAUGUUAUAUUUCCUUUGAUCUCAUGCAAACGUGUUUAGCGUUCAUUAAGUUAGCAUUCGUAUCGUUUCACGUGUUCCUCCUUUUACAUUAGACUCACGUAUCUCUUACAUUCUUUAUAUUAUUAUCUAUAUAACCGGUUCUUGUCGUGUUCAAAAGUAUUUUAUUUCUGCCAUAUACUAUACUUUUAUUUUGUUUUAUUUCUUCUUUUUAAUUUCUUAUUGUUUAUAAAGUUUUAUGAAAAUAAUUGAUAACAACCCAAUUAAAGUAUCUACAAUAUUUUACUUAAUAGCAAUAAGCCAUUUAUACGCAUCAUUAAUUCGGACUGCUGUGAUAAAUCUUACUUUCCUAUAUAUUGAUAACUUUUUUUAUAUUUUAGGAAAGUGUAUUCUUUUUUCUCCCUUUAAUCGUAAUGUUCACACAAAUUUGAAAAAUAGUAAUAAAUAUAGUAAAAAAUCUGUUCAUUAACCAAUUGUCUUUUUUUACACCAUUCUUUUUUUUUAAGUGAUAUAACAAGUCCAAUAGCGCAUAUUUGUAAAACAGUACUUAAUAAGAUCAAUUGUUUAAUGAGACAUGAAAAAUUUUAAAGAGAUGUAAAGAUAUGUAGUUACGCGUUUUUCUUGAUAAAGUUGAAAAGUCGUAUAUAUCAUAUGAUUAUCUCAAUUAGUAAUUUGAAGAUAAUGAACAUGUUAUAUGUGGAAAAGUUGAACAUUUUUUUACAUUAGAAAAAUAUACAAAUAGAAAAUAUAGUCUAAGAUUGUGACAAAAUUUUUAGACAAAAAGCUAUUUGUAUGAAAUUUUAGGUAUUAUAAUUAUUAAUAUAUCUUUGAGAAGAUGUAUAAAAUUUGACGCUAACAAAAUUUUUAAAUAAUAUUUUUAUCACAUAUAGUACAUAAUAUUUUGCAUAAUAAAUUACAGAUACAAAAUUCGUUACAAAAACACAUAUAUAUAUAAAUUAUCAUUUGAUCACAGUUAUAUAAUUUCACAAAGCGUAUUCACGUUUUUUGGGGGGAAUUUUUACAAUAAUCCAUUUGUUAAAUAUUUUUUAAUGCCUUAUAUUUUAAAUGCCUUUUUUACAUAAAUUAAAUAAAUUAGGGCUUCCUAAUGCUUAAUAUUUUAAUAUAAAUAAUAUUACACUUUCAAAAUUUCACAAGUUUCGUGUAUUUUUUAACUUAUGACAAAAUUAUAACAAUACGACAAUGUCGGAGUGCUUUUAGAAAUAACAAAGCAAUACGAAUUCAGCAAGACUUAUUGUAUCUAGUCAAGAGGAUAUAAAGAAUGUUGAAAAACACGAAAAAUAUUCGUCAUAACACGCGUAUAAAUAACUAUUGUAAAUUUUUAUUAAUGUUGCGUUGAUUCAAUGUACAUACUUCUAAAUACUACGUUUAGAAAAACGGAAAAAAGAAGGUCAACAGUUUGACAUUUCACAAAAAAUUAUUUGCACUAAUAAAUAAUUAUAUUUUGUUCACAAAAUUUACACCAUAUGUAGUAGAGCAACGCAUUGAAUGAGCAGUGCCGUUGUUUUUCCAAAUUGUUACGCUCGUCACUAAUGCCAAAUUAUCGUCACUAUAAGAAGUCUGCAUAAUACCAUUACAGCAUUAUUAUACCUUUUUCAUGUAACUACUGUUUACUUCAAUCAUAUGUCGCUUUUCGACAGUCGUAUAAUCACAUCUUUUGCGAUUGCGUAAUUAUAUUACAUAGUAUUAUUAUGUAAGCACUAAUCGCACACACCGCGUUGCGCCUUACAUGUUAUAAGGAAUCUAAACGUACAAGUCUUGGUCCACGUUUAUAUUUUAUCCUUCUUUCACAGAAACGAGAAUAAGCACAUUUAUAUGCUAGUCUCAUAUGUCAGCCAUUUAUUUCAUUUAUCCGGACAACAAUACCAGUUAAAAUUAACCGAACAUAAAAAGCGAUGAUCACACUGCAGACGUGUUACGUAUCUCGACGGACAAAUGAUUGUAAUCAGGAAGAACUCGCGAUAAAAACGCUGCUAUGUACUGCGCGAUUAUUUGCUGGGAAAUUUUCCUGCGUUUUAUAUCACGUAAACAAAACAAUACGAGAAAAUACAUUACGAGAAAAAAAGCGAAUCAUCAGAACAAAAUAUUAUAUUUCGCGUGAAGAAUAUUUCGAUUAAUAGAAACAACAUUAGUAUAAUUGUUUUUAAUGUGAUGCGCACUUUUGACUGACAUGGAAACUUCCAUGUGAGACAUUCGGGUCUGAAUUUAUAAAGAUCUGGGUUUCUCAAUGGAAUAUAUUAUAUAACACACGUUUGUAAUGGCGAUUCAACUGAAAACCUAUACAUCCAAUUAUAAGGUCUGUAUUAGUCGCUUGAAACUUAUCUUAUGUAAGAUAUUCAAAUUUUUAUUCAGUACUCCAACUUAUUCAGAUAUUCAAGUUUUAUAGUUGAAUUAUGAUAUAUGUGAUUUAUCUGUAAUCGCGAUUUAAUUGAAAACUUUCAUUGAACUCCGAAUUCAAAUAUUUUACUUGAGACCAGUUUUAAGUAAUAAUUAUUAAUACGAGCUUAUAAGUCUCUUCAAGUCGAGAUAUCUUACAUGAUACAAGUUGCAAGCGACCGCUAUUGAUACGAAUUUUAAGUAAUCAUAAAUUUGCGUUUUAUUAAAGACGUAAUUGUUGUCACGUGUCGCAUGUGUGUAUUCAUUAAUCUGCGUUUCAAGCGACACGGUCUGUGUCGCAUAAUGUUUCUCUCAUAUCAUAUAGCGCAUUACAUACUAUAUCAAGCGAAGAAAUUUACAGUGUUAAGAAAAUCGAAAAUACUGUAAAAUUCUGAACUGUUAUGAUAGCUACAAUCGUUGUAUUGAACUUAAGAAUAUUAAAUAUUAAAAAUUGUGAAAUACGUAUAUGAUAUUAAAAUAAAAGAAAUAUGUGUGAAAGUC